AUUGACAUGGUCUGUAGAUUAGUUUCCUUCCUAUGCUUCAUCAAUUUAGAUCGGCCCAAAAGAUUUAAGCCGAGUCCAACCCUAAAGUAUAUAUAUGCAGCUUAAACCCCAGGACCAAAACAACAUAAGAACACUGUAAGAAAAUGGAAGAAGAUGCACUGCAAAUAGCCUGCCACGUAUGCGGUCACGUAGGCUUAGAAGACGGCUCCGACGGUUUCUAUUACUGUCAGAACUGUGGGUCCCAAGCCAACAACAUACAAGACACCGGUGAAGAUGUCGAUGACUUCCAAGAUUUUGGUAACCCAUCUGCUUAUAUGUCCAACAGACGACGUCGUACUGCCGCCGAACCCUUGUCUCAAUCCCAACCUCAGGCUUCUCAGUUCUGGGAUUCACUCAAAGCAGAAGUAGAUGAACAACAGAAAGUUAGUACUAGUAAGGUUGAUGAUGUGGGGCCCACUGGGCCCAUGGAUUUUGGGGAGAGUGAUGGCCAGUUGGCAUACUCUGAUUAUUAUUCUCAGAUUAGGAUGAGGUAUGCUAUGGGGUUUCAGGUGAUGAUUCAGUUGCAGUGCACAGCGUUGGUUGAGAAAUUUCAUGUUAAUGAGAGGGUUGUUAAUUUGGCCAACAGUAUUUGGUUGAAGUUUCUUGUGCUGACUGGGAUUUUCGCUGAUGAUUGGGCUGAUGAGGUGAUUACGCAAUCCGAAUCUCAAACUGAAGGACCGGUAGAUGGUAUUGUAUCUAGUGGUAGUCACAGAGAUGAACCUCACAAUUUACUUGGUCAGCGGGCUGUAAUGAUUUGGUUUAGAUCUUUAAGUAAGACUAUACCAUUAUCGCAUUCAUUAGUGAUUUCAUUUUUGGCUUGUCAUGUCUUGCGGGAGGCGGUUCUGCCUACAGACAUCUUAAAGUGGAUAUUUGAAGGGAAGCUUCCUUUUUUUGCUGCUUUUACUGAUAUUGAAAAAGAGAUUGAUCCUCCUCCUAGAGGAUGCCCUAUCAGUUCGAGUCGUAUGUUUAGACCUAUCCAUGCUCUUUCAUCACAGAAGUUGGAAUCAACAGCUGCUAUUAUUGCUGAAACAGUGGGUUUAGAAUUACCUCCUGUAAACUUUUAUGCAAUAGCUUCUCGCUAUCUCAGACUUAUGUCUCUUUCUGUGGAUAAGAUUCUUCCUCAUGCAUGUCUCAUAUAUGAAUGGUCUAUGCCUCCGGAGUGUCGGUUAUCAGCCAAUGAAGUGAGGCUUCCUACCCGUGCAUCUGUAAUGUCUAUACUAAUUGUUUCAAUAAGAAUCUUGUACAAUUUGCAUGGUUUUGGAUACUGGGAAGCAAAUUUUUCUGGUUCUGAUUGUCCAUCAUCAACUGCUUGUGAGAAAACUGAGCUGGAAUCCAAGUCUGAUGCUGACCUGAAUGAUGUUGCCACACAACAGUCAACUGUACCUGAUAUUGAUGCUAAGGAGCUGCUACUGAAUCUGGAUACCAAAUAUGUCGAUCUUCUUGUCAUGUUUGAGUAUGUGAAAGACAUGCCUGCGUAUCUUCAAUACUUUAGAGAUGUUAUUUUUGCUGGAGUUGGACCAUCAUUUGAGGACAUCGAAGAAUGUAAGAUAAUAAAGGAAUUCUGGAGCUUGUAUCAGAGAAAAGUGGGCCUGAGUUCAUCUCUUGACCAUAGAGAGAUGUCCUUGGGAGAUAAUAGUGGUGAUAACAAGAGACCAAGAGAAAAUAGCAGAGACACACCAAUGUCGAGCAAGAAAUUAAGAGACCAUGAUUUUAAUUGCGAUACAGUAGAAAGUGGCAAAUCUCAUAGUGACAAAUCCGAAAGUAACAUAAACCAGGAACCUUCCUCUAAUGGUGGUCCAAAUUCUUUCUCCAGUAAACAUUCUUGUGAUGCAUCAGACAGAGAGGAAGCAGUGAAUCGAAUAAAAUUGAAUAUGGAAGCAAACAGAUUUUGUUACAUUCCACCCAGAGAUAAAUGCAACGAAAAGUGCUACAUUCACUAUUCUAGGAAGAAAGAUGAAGGUGCUUAUACCUAUGCCACCCAUGCUGAUUAUUAUAUUCUGCUUCGCGCUUGUGCAAGAGUUGCCCAUAUAGAUAUUAGGUGCUUGCAUACUGGAGUGCUGAGUUUUGAAAGAAGAUUGGCUUGGAUAGAAAAGAAUGUUGAUAGUUGCCUGCAUGUAAAACUUCCUACAGACACUUGUGAGGUUUGUUGUGACGAUGAGGUGGAAGUAAAUGCUGCUGAUGAGAUGGAAGUAAAUGCUGCUGAUGAAAUGGAAGUAAAUGCUGCUGAUGGGUUAGAAGUAAAUGAUACUGAUGAUCCUGUUCUGCGGUUCUCAGAGUUAAAUUUGUGAACCAAAUUGAAGUUGGGACUAUCUUUCAAAUUAUAGCAGAAUCCAGUUUCCAAAACCACUUUUUUCAUAUGUCUGGUCAUUCUCCCAGGACUGUGACUAUACACAUCUCUGAUGAAAUCUAUAACAGCAAGCCUAUGAACCAAAUCAGCAGAUACCUCCAUGUAAGCAGAUUUCAGAAAUCACAAUCCUCUCUCACUUUGCCUUGAAUCAUCAACCUCCCGUCAUUGAGUGGAGAGGGGUAUCUGCUAGAUUCCAAGGGUAGAAGACAUGGAAAAUCAAUUUUCAGCAUAAAUUGCUUGGACCAGACAAAAGCUUUUUCUGUAAGAUUGUUGUGAGUGACGUUCAGAACUAGGUAGGCUUUUCUUCAUGUACAGUUACAUUAAGCUAUGUACUCUUACAUGCUUACUGUACUUGAGACUCUUGGCUAUCUUUAAAGUUUGGCGAUUGUGGUCUGGGUAAAAUGAUAAGAUCCACUUUUAUUACAUGAAGUGCAGAUUGUUGGUGGUAAAGAAGGUUUAUUUUAUAUAUUUUUUAAUCUAGCGCAAUUUAAACUAGUUUUUGAUUUUGUA